AGUGCGGUCGUUACACCUCCAAACGGUCGUUGGUCGUCGUUCGUGUGUAGAAGGUGUUUUCCAGUGUUUUGAUGUGUCAUCUGUCAUACAUCUAGACCUUGUGAUCAGAAGGUGAUUACUGAUAAAUUGCAAUCGAUUUUGAAACCCCCGUUCACCUCAGGCUCCGAGACUUCGCUUCGGAUCGGGAGCCUAUAUCGGGAGUCUGUUUUUCGUUCGGAAAUCGGUUUUGACAGUUGUUAUUGAGGCUUUUAUUUGGCUUCUGGUUCUCCCAAGAAGCGUGUCUGAGCGAGUGACUUGUUCUGCGGUGUAUUCCAAACCCAGUCUGGAAAUCUGCAACCAUGGAUCCUAUGUAUUAUCACUGGUGGAACAGUCAUAAUCAACAUAACUCAGGUAACAACUGGUACAUGGAUCCCCACAAGACAGGAGGGGGCAUGAACCAGCAGCCACCACCAGCACACAACAUGCCUGGUCCACCACAGCAUCCAGCUCCACAGCACCCCCAAACCAUGAAUCAACCCAUGCCUCCACGGCCCAUGCAGACAGGCUACCCCAUGCAGCCACGACCAGCACACACUGGCCCAGGCUCAAUGGCUCCCAAACCUGUCAAUGCGGGACACAUGGCCCCUAAGCCUCAGAAUCCCACAGGAAACAUGCCUCCCAAGCAGCCCAUGGUACCUGCCAAUGUUCAGCAGGUUCAGGCCAAACCUACUGGUCCUGUGCAUCCUUCCGUUCAGCACAAGCCAAACCCACUUGCCACAACAAGUGCUAACAUACCACAAAUGCCCAAACCCUCUCCUGCUCCUGUGCCUACAACUGCCACAGCUGCAGCUCCCAAGCCAACGCCGCCAUUGAUGCAGCAACCACAUGCACACCCACAACAACAGCAACAGCAGGCUCCAAAACCAACAAUACCCCCUCAGAACACAGUGGCCCCACCAAAGCCAUCAUUGCCUGCUGGAGUUGACUUGGUGCCCAUAACCAGUCAGCCGAAACCAUCCCAGCCAACUCAGGCCUCCACACCUGCCAGCCAGCCGAAACCUGUACAGCCAGUUUCUCCCACUAAAACCGUACCUGCAGCCGUACCUAUUCCUGCAACAGUUACUGCAACUGUUGCAAAGCCUGCUCAGCCCUCAGUACCUGCUGCAGCCUCACAACCUACAGCACCCACUCCCAAACCUGCAACACAGACAACUUCUACCCCCACAACUCAAGCUGUUCCACUCAGACCCAGUAAUCCCAUGCCGUUACCCACACAGAAGCCAAGCCAGCCUCCUCCGCAGGCCAAGCCUACCACUCCAGCAGCCCCAACAAAUGCUUCAGCACCUGUGACUUCCCAAGUAAAACCCACACCACCUUCAGCACCUGUGUCGAAACCACAGCCAGCAGAGGUAAACCAACAAAAACCCAAUGAGCCAUCAAAACCUGCUGUUGAAGCAUCAAAGACUCCAUCAACGCCAAGUGUAAAUGGUGUUCCAGUAUCAAAGUCGCUUGUAAAACCAGCAGCAACUCCAUCACAACCACCAAAGCCAGCUGAGUCUGCACCUACAGAAACAAAAUCAGCUACACCAGCUACUAUUCCCCAAGCCCCAACUUCAACUACAACUACGACUUCAGGUCCAGCUCCAGUUUCAACUCCCACAACAACUCCAGCUACUGCUCCAGCUCUUCCUGCCACACCAGCUGCCUCUGCGGCUGCAACAACUACACCAACAUCAACAACCACGGCAACUGCCUCAUCUACACCAGCUGUUACAACCACAACCAAGCCAGUUGCAUCAACAGCUUCCAACACUCCAGCAGCCUCAGCUGCCACUACAACACCUGCCCAGGCCAUACCUGCUGUGACCACACCAAAAGCACCUGCCCAAACAAACAAGCCAAAGGCUGAACCCUCGCCCACACAGCCCAAGAAGGAAAUGGUGAAACAGACUCCAAGUGAAAAGCCUGUUGAACCAAAGACUGUCAACCAUGCUGCCCCUGCAGAAGAAGCUGCUGUUGAGACACCGAAGAAGAGAACACCAAGAAAACGAGAGGUUCCUACUCCAGAAACGCCAGGGGAUGAGCGACGAAGCAAACGAUCUCGGAACCCUGCCAGCCUGUACCAGUCACCAGUUGUAGAUGUAGUAAAUAGAGUUAGAAAGUCAGAACCGACACCCAAAACUCCUCAGGAAAAACUCAUAAUAUUCUUCAGGAAUGAACAUGUAGCUGUGAGGAAUUCAGAGGGAACUUUCUACUUGUGCCAAGUUGCCCAGAAUGUCUUCAAGAACACACGCAAGAUCAAGAUCCGAUGGCUAUCUCCAGAAGAUCCUGACAAUAAGAAUUGCCAAGUGUAUAAGCCAGAUUAUUAUGACAUCACAGACUUCGAUUGCAUCUUGACCACAGUAGACCUUGAACGUGUGGACCGCAACACACUGAAGUUAAAACCAGAGGAACAGAGCCGCAUUAACAACAUUCUACAGCGAGCAAUGGACUUGGAAAAGGGAGUCCUGGGAGAUAAGCCAAGUGUGGAUGAGGAUCACCCUGAUGGUUUGGAUCUUUCACUGUACACUGAUGAAUCUCAGUUGAAGAAGAGGAGGAAGAGGGCAGCGAGUAACAAGAAGAGGAAAGAAGAGUCUUCGUCUGGUGAGAGUGGAGUGGAGUCUGAGGAUGAUGACGAGAGUAAUAAGAGUGACAGAGAAGAAAGUCCCAAGAAGGUAGCACGAACGCCAGCGAGACGUAACCCAAGAGGUGGGGCAAAAACGCCGGCCAAAGGGAAGGCUGCCACUCCUGCAUCCUCGAAAACCAAGACCCCCAGAUCUGGUCGCACUGCCACCCCCAAGACUGCCUCAAAAGUCGCAGCCUCAAAGAGCACCCCUAAGGCGACCCCCAAGUCAGGUCGACGGGCUACUCGCAAGUAACACGAGGUGAAUUCUGAGACGUCGGAGGGAGAGGAAAAAGUGCGACAUGUGCGCAAGAAGAGCGCACUUAAUGACCUGACUACAUGCAUAAGGCUGAUGAUGUUAGAGAAAUAGCAACUCGUCCAAUUUUCGGAUUAAGGAAAUUCAUUAAAGUUGUAUUGUGCGAGCCUUUAUGCAUAUUACUUUCGAAGAAAAAAAUAAAAAAAACAAAAAAUAAGGGAAAAAAAGCAGAAGAGGCAUUUUGUAUAUGAGCAUUCAAAACAUAACCUGUAACCCCCCCUCCCCCCUCCCCACCCCUCCCUCUCAUCAUCUCUGUUUCUCUCUCCCACUUACCCCACCCCCCCCAUCUCCCUAAUUGUUAUACGGCUCGUAUCAUUUGCUUGCAUUUAAAAUUUUUUUUUAAUGUUGCCCUCCCAACCUGAUGCCCUCCCAUCCCCAUACCAAUUUUUAUUUCUGUUUUUCUUUAUAUAUAUAAUUUACAAAAUGCUAUUCAUUGUAGAUAUGAAUGGUACAUCCUUUGUAGAAGUGAGAGUGAGAGUGAGUGUGAAAGUGUGUGUACAAAAUAUUUGAGGGUAAAUGUAGUUGGUUUGAAUUAAUGGAAAGAUAGGUUAUGUUCGGAGUACAUAUUAAUGUUUCAUCUAUUGUAUAUGUAUAAUAGUUCUCAAUGUACAACUCAAACUUUUCUCUUUUUUUUUCCAUUUCUUUUUUUUUUUUUAUAUAUAUAUAUAUACCAUUAAAGCAUGGCAUUCCCUCUCCCUUGUUCCCACUCCCCCAACAAAUUUCAGGUCCAAAUUAUUUGUUAAAAAUGUAAAUCUCUGCUCAACAUAAGAUAAACUUUCGGAAUGCAUCCACCCAAUGUAAAUGAAGUAGAAGUUAUUAAUUGUAAAAAAUAAAGCCCAUUUAUAUUUCGUAUGAUUAAAGUUAUGCAGCUAUGCAUAAGGUUUUAUGCACUUUUAUGUUUUUUUAUUAUGUUUUAUCAGCUUAUGUUUUAUUAUUUUUUAUCAUAUUUUGGCUGAUACAAAGUUUGAGUUUGUAUAGUUUCUUACUAAAUAUCUCAAUAUAAUUGGUUUUUUGCCAUUACUCUUUAUUACACAUGUCAGAUGAAAAUAUCUUAUUUUUUGAAGUGAAAAAUGCAAUAUUUUGCUACUGUUAAUGCACGAUUACUACUUGCACUUCAGUAUUGAGCAAUUGGUUAAGGAAGUUCUAAGCAGUAGCAUAGUUCUGCCUCAGCCCUCUACUCUGAAGGUGUAUUUGCCAUCCCUUACUAAACUGUCAGUGAAGUUGGCUGGAUGGUAUUACCCAGCAGCGUGUUACUUCAUUGGAAGAUUACUACAUUGUAAAACAAAUAUACCUUAGAUGAGAGUAAGAGAUAAGAUGUAGGAGAGGACCACCAGCCCCAUAAUGCUGUUUGCCUACACUCAAAAGAGGGGUAGAGGGCGGGACAAGGUAGCCUGUACAUAGUAACAUGACCUGUAACAUUGAUGUGUUGUCUUGAUUGUAGGUGUGACAUGAAUGCUGUUUUCGAUACAAACUAUACUGGGCCGCAAUUAAUGAAAAAGAGUGAGUGCUGUCAGUUGAGACACAGUAUUGUACCGUUUUAAUGACUUGGUUUGUCUGUCAUUGUCAUUAAUACCAAUGGUAGAAGAUUACAUUGUAACUAAUGAUAAUAGAUAUCUCAAGGUAAAGGAUAUUGGACUGGUUACAUUACCCUCUUUUUUAGUAAAAGAAAUCUUGAGGCAUAUCAUGACUCGGGAGCUGUGCUAGGUGUGAGUGCUUUACUGUGGGAGAAGAAGACCUGAUUUACAUUAAUGCUUGUUUAUCAGUUAAAAGUAAAAUUUCACAGGUGAGAAAGUUUUAAAAACAGAUAGUGCUUGAAAUGGUUAUAUCCUCACUGGAGAGUUAAGAGUAGAACAUUGAAAUAACAAUAGCCCAGAUAAUGUAAUGUUUCUCUCUCUCCGUUGAAACUUCACCAUCUGGAGAGCUCAUGCCUGUUUUCCAUUGGUAUGUUAACAUAACCGGCUUCAGAACACUGUGGAUGAAAAUGACUGUGUUCUUUGAUAGUGUUUGAAAAUAUAAAAUGGCAACAUUACUAUGUGACAAGUUGCUUUUGUAUCAUGUUCGAUCACUUUUAUACAAAUCUUACUGACUUUAAGGGUAUUUGUAAAGAUUCAGUGUACAUCCUUUCUAGUGCAAACUUGUUAGGGACUUUAGACUAUACGGACUAAGACAGUACGGAGUUCGUUUGAGCAUGGUCUACAAAUAAUUUUACCAGUUGUAUUUCACUAGGAUGGGAGUUUUCCUUGUGAUUGUUACAAAAAUGCUAACUGUUGCCAUAUACUGACCCAUCUUUCUUUGUGUGGUCUUUAAAGCAAAUGUCAUGCUCAGGCUAUACUUCACUUGUUAGGAAGAGUGGACUGAAAGAUAACUUUUUUCUUAAGUGUUGUCCCAGUUGUGAGACACCUUUUGACAGACUGCAGUUAUUUUGAGCCAUUUGCAGGAUUGAAGGAAUAUAAAACCAAGAAAAAAGUAAAAAAAAUAAAUACAAAAAACAAAAAAAAAAUUGGAUAUGAAAUAAUAGGGAAUGAUAUUGUUACAUGAUUUCGAGGCUCUCUUUUGUAGACGUUCACAUUUGGUAAGAUAUGUUGAGCAAAACUGCCAUGUGUAGAAUAACUGACAAUUUUGAUUGACAGGGUUUGCACUGUAGCCAAGAGCAUUUGGUUUAUGGAUUUGCAGUUUGGAAAAUAACUUAUUUUAGACAUUUUAUAUAAAUGUGUUUGUUAACCUACUCAAAAAAAAAAAAAAGGAAUAUCACCCAAGUUGUGUAAAUUAUGCUUUCAAUAUUGCUAUUAAAGAUUAUUUUGAGGAAAACAAUAUAUUUUUGAAUGGCAAGAAAUCCUUUUUCAAAACAUGAACACUGAUGAAGGCUAUAGUGACUGUUGCCAUGUGACGAGAUCAGCCAUUUUGAGUCUUGGGUAAAUAAAAGAGUUUAUUAGGAUAUAUUUUCCUUCACUUUUUGGUGAGGGAAGCAAUUAUGUUCGUCAUUUAAAAAAAUACAAAAAUGCAUAAAAAAAAAAUACAAAGGUGACGAAGUACGGAGACCGACCUUAGUAUGUAUAAGCAUAGGGGUGCAAUUUUUUUUGCAAUUUUAAGAAUAAAAAAACUUAUUAUAUACAAUCAAUCAAGGCUCAAUAAAGUUUAUGUCGUCAA